AUGGAGGCGGAAACACAGAGACGCAGCUGGAGGCUGACGGAUGAAAUCCGGCUCGUGAGCGGGCUCCGGGAUGAUCUGGCGUCUGCCUUGCAGACCAGAACAGCAAACCGGCUUAAGUUAAAGACAUCGUUCGAGACACAUCAGUCGGCUCUGACUCUUAUUUACGAGGAGAUGGCUGUGACAGGCUCACAAGUGACUGAGAGCCGCGAAGCCCUUCGACACGCAGCGUUCCUUCUCGAAAAGCUCACCGCGUCUGCCGUGCACCUGCAAAAGACAGGCGAAGUAUUUGAACGCCAACUCGUCAAGACAAAACAAGGCUUGGAGCAAGAACAGAAACGAAUCCAUGAGUUACGCGCAAAGCUUGAUACUUACAGAGAGGGAGCCAGUGGAUUAGUUCAGCAGACGCAGGCUACGGAAGCUGCAAUAAUGGAGAUGCGUGAAAUUCACACGACAACUCAAGCACUUCGGCGUGAGCUUGAGGAAUGCAGUGAAGAGAACAACCGAAUGCAGUCUGAAAUGGCAAGGCUUGCGCCUGAGCUACAACGCCAGCGGAAGGCUCUUGAGACCGAGGCUGAGAUCGACGAAAAACAAAAAGUACUCGCUGAGGUCCAGGAAGCGAGAAAACAACUAGACGGAGAGAUGACUGAAACGACAAACAAAAUGUACUCCUCAGUCUCGAAGAUGAAUGAGCUGAGGGACAGGUACGGUCAGCUCUCUGUUGCUGAGAGUGUUGCAGACCCUUCUGCCUGGUCCAGGGAUAUAGAAAUUUCUGACGCAAGAUCUGUCGUCGAAUCUGAGCUCAAGAAAACCAGGGCAGAACUGACUGGACUGCGGAUGGAAGCAAAGAUGAUUGAAGAUGCUUAUGAGGCGGCUGCGAAGUUGAAGAACCUCCGACAAGAGGUUGCCGCGCUGGAAGAGCAGUGUCAUGAAAAAGAAGAGGAAAAAUACCAGUACCCCGCCCCCAUAACAAGAGUUAUUGCUACCAGGCUGGAGGCCACACUGGAGGCAGAUCUAGAUGAAUUCAAAAAGGGGGUCGGGUCUCAGCUUAUGUGCAGGGUUUCUCUUCGGUACCCAUUUUGCUCGGCUACUCGACGGGGUCAGCCGUCCGGGAUAUCUUUGUCGCCUGUGGAACCAAUCGGUACGAAUACUCCUCGUCCGCCUACUCCUCAUGGCACACCUGAUUUGAGGGCUAAAUGCAGCACCCCUGACGGUGGCGCCCCUCCUAAACGCACCCCAGUCGUGUGCUCGCGCGCCAUCCAGCCUCGGACCGCACUGUCGUCUCGAGGUCUCAAUGUGCAUAGUACCACUCUGAAGGCGCACAAAGUCUGUGCCGUCGCCACGCACACACCCGGUUUGCCUGUCGACAGGGACGUGGACGGUGCGCGUGCCCCUGCCAUCCGUCCCGCUGCGGAAACAACCAGGCGUUGUGGAAGGCCUCUCGUUAAUUUGUUGUCCUCUUCGCGGGCGCGCGCUUCCCCGACUCGCGACGCUGCUGAUUCCAACCCUCGGAAGAGGAGCCGGAGGAGUGUUCUCUCUGGUCGUGCUGAGGCGCAGGAGAAAGUAGGGGAUGACCAGGCGCAGGCCUCGUUCUCGAAGUGGCUGUCUGCCUUUACUCCAUCGCAACGAAAAGGUUCUUCCGGUCGGAUGCAAGAGCGACGAAAGAAGACGAGCCCGAAGAACGCGACACGAAAGGACAUGGGGGACAGAAAUAGCAGCACGAGACGGUCUGACGAGGAGGAGCAUCCUUUUGAACUUUCAACAGGAAGCUCGCAUGAGCACAGGAGAGGCAGGCCGCCAAAGGAGUCUCGGCUAGCUGCCUGUUCCCAUCCUCCUUCACACUCGAGACCCAAGAAAAGAGAGGCCAAUAUUUCAGAAGGUGACGGCUGUCCAGGUCCGGGACGCCCGCCUACAAAGCGUCACGCAACAUCGCAGAUCGCAGAGCUGGAUGAGAAAAAGAAACGGAAAGAUGAACUGGAGAAGGUUCACCUUAAACGCGACCGCGGAGAGGAGAAGAAGGGGAGAGAUGAGCAGGAGGGUCAUGUGGACGGUGAAGAAGGCGAUUCCGUCUCAUCACUCUCCUCCUCCUCCUUCAGGAAAGUAGAGAGAGGCGGGAACGAGUCUCUCCUUCCACAGGAGAUCUUCGAGGCCGCACAUGAUGGUAGAGCAGGACCGAAACAUCUUUCCACCGGCCGCAUGAGAGGUGGAAAGAGUUCCCGUCGUCGACUCGCUGCUUCGCCGAAGUCUUCGCCACACACAUCUCUCCCUCUGUCCGACUUCUCCACUCCAGCGUCUGCCUCCAUGACGACUUCCACUGCCUCGGCGGGAGCUCGGAAACCACACUGUGCUUCGUCGCGCCUUGUGUCGUCGCUGCAAGCCGUGGCAAAAAAUGCCUCGCUGUCGCUCUACGCAGCUGAGCAGUGUACCAUGGCAGCGCCAGAGAACAGCCACACCCGGAGAGUCUCUCCCGACGGCUCGUCUGUUCGCCGGCGGCGCUCCACCGACUCCUCCGGCGUCUCGUCGUGCAGUUUGGGGGACGCGCCGCCUAUGGCGGUAUGUCCGUCGCCACCUUCGUCGUCUUUCGCUUCACACCGGAGACCCUCUGCGUAUCUACCUGCUUCUGUGUCUCCUCUCGCUGCUGCCACCGGGCGAAAGGGGUCUCGGGGGGAGAGACGCGGCGGGAAGCGCGGCAAGCUUGGCCUUGGUCGUGCAGCGGAGAGCUCGAUGGGUUGCGAGGCGUCUGGCGACUUUGACAUAACACCUUUUGCAGCUGGAGACGAGAUCGGAACGCACCGUAGCCAGAUGGCCUCGCCGGUCAGUGGCAGUUCCUCAGCUAGCCACGCGGCCGGAGGAAAAGGGAACGCAGCUUCGUCGUCGCUGCAAGGCUUCUACCGAGCAAACAACCGUCACUGGCAGAACAACUGUCUUCUUCUCUACGAGCACGUCAUGGCGCAUACCCUCGAGUGGCCUUCUCUGACAACGCAGUGGAUGAACGCCUGCACCCCGAAAGGCAAUGGAGAGGCGACGCAGACGCUUCUCUUGGGGACGCACACUAGCGGCCCUCAGCACCUCAGCUUUCUUCUUCUGAUGGAGGUGACGCUUCCACUGGAGCCCGUCCAUCCGUCGGGGAUGCACUUCGAUCAGCGCCAAGAUUACGUCGGGUUCGAUUUCGGCGACGAAGACACGAGGAAGUUUACCAUCGCCGCUCGGAUUCCGCACGAAGGCGAAUCAAACAGGGCUCGCUUCUGUCCGCUCGAUCAGACGAAACUCGCUUCAAAGGCUCUCGACGGAUGUGUCUACAUCUUCGAUGUCUGCAACGCGGGCAGCCAGUCGGCGCUGGGGCCGCUGGUCCCCUGCGGCGCCUCGCAACCCGAUGAGGGCUCCGCGAAGACCUACAGGACGGCAAAAAAAGGCGAUGUUUCUGUGGGAGAACUGCCGCCGACGUUCAUGCAGGAUCAGGCGGAGCUCGUGCUCGAGGGACACACUGCAGAGGGGUGGGGACUCGAAUGGGGGCCGCCGCAGAGGGAGAGCUUCAUCGCGUCCGCCGCAGAUGACGGCAUCGUCUGCCUGUGGGAUGUUCACGCGAAACCGCAUCAGCACAAGCGUCUUGCGCCGCUUCACAAGCUCGUCGCCGACUGUCGGCUCCGCGCCCUGCAGGACGUGGCGUGGAAGCGGGGGGACGGCGAGGGCCGCGUUCUCCUCGGCGUCGGCGACGACGGAUUUUUGAACAUGUGGGACAUUCGCGUUUCGCCGGCACCAGUCGUGCGGACGCAGUGCAGCUGGACAUGUACCAACGCCCUGGCCGCGAACCAGAACGCGCCCUUCGUCGUGGCGACCGCAGGAGCCGACAAGGGAAUCAGCGUCUGGGAUCUUCGCGCGCUGCGUCGGCCCGCGCAUCGCCUGCUGCAUGCACACAGCGAAGCCGUGACCUGCCUCAAGUGGGCGCCAGGCGAGAAGACGAUGCUCGCCUCAGGCAGCACCGAUCGCUUGAUUCGCAUUUUUGAUCUCUCGCUGGUCGGCGCUGAGCAAGAGAGCGACGAGGCGGAAGACGGGCCUCCGGAGCUCCUCUUCGUCCACGGCGGGCAUCUGGGGGCCGUCAGCGAUUUCGACUGGAAUCCACAGUCUGACCGUUUCUCCUCGCUUAUGCUCGCGUCGGUCUCUGAGGACAACGCCCUUCAGAUCUGGCAACCGACGCGAAAGGCCUUCAAGCGCGAAUACCUCUUCGAUGACAGUCCAGACGAUGCGCGCGGGCGAUUCGGCGGCGGAGACGCGGACGGCAACGACGUCGAAUGA